AUAGAAACUAGAAACUACAGCCCAAUUCAUUGUUAACAACCCAGCCCAAAUUUUACAACAGCAGCCCAAACUACGAUUUUUGAAAAAAAGAAACGAAGAAACAUAAAAUAUUACAUACAGAUAUAUACGAAACAGUUACAGCGCCAUUACUCCCACUCUCUUCUUCACUGUUCAUCUUCAGCUCCGAAAAUCACAGGUACUUUUCAUGCUUUUUCUUCAAAUAUUUACUGAUUUUCUUCCUUCUUAGCUUCUAAUUAGUGAUUUUACAAACUUUCCGGUUAAAUUUGACGUCGAUAUCAGAUCUACUUUUGUUGCCGAGGUAGAUACAAGCAAAAAUCAUCAAAAACGAAUUGAACAGCUUUUAUUUAGCUUAUUUCUGCAAGCUACUAAGUUAUGGCUAGAACUAGAGGAGGUUACAGAACUCAACUAAGAAGAAGUUCUCGAAUUAGACAACACAGCUUUCCUAAAACAAGCAUCACUGAGCCUAUUGACUUAGUGCAAUCUGACAGUGAAACUAUGGAUCAAGAUGGAAAUCAAGUUUCUGAACAAAACAAGGGAGAUGAAGCAACAACGAAAGUAUGGAAGAAGGUGGAGCUUAAAUUCGCUCGAAAAUCAAACAACAAGCCAAAGGAAACUGCAAAAAGACCAAAAACCAUUUCCAAUGAUAAGGAGAGUGAUGAUUUUACUAUAUCAAUUGUGCAUGAAGAGGAUUUUAUUGUACCUCAAAUCAAUACUGGUGGGAAUGAGGAUGAUGAAAUCAUGCUAGAUACAACUGGUGCGAAUGAGGAUGACGAAAUGAUGAUAGAUACAACUUGUGGGAAUGAAGAUGGCGAAAAAUUUUCAGAUACAACUGAUGGGAAUGAGGAUGGUGAAAACAAUGAGGGUGGUGAAAUUUUUGCUGAGGAUGCUGAAAAAAAUUUAAACAAUCGGAAGACAAAAUUCAAGAGGAAGAAGGAAAAUGAUGAUGAAAAUGAAGCAAACAGAAGGAAGAGGGUCAACAUACUUUAUCCUUUAGUAAAGUAUACUAAGGAUAAUAUUCAGAAAAUAGAAGGAGCUAAACAUUUUAAUAGGACAAAGGAUGAAGUGAAAUUAAGGGUUUCUCCAAGGAUUCUUAGUGAGAUGAUAUUCAAUCUGACAGAGGAACAGAGAAAAUGGGUGCAACGGUCAGGAUUUGGUUUGUUAUUCAAUUUUGAGUUAGAGAUGCUGCCGGCAAAACUUGCAUACAACGUUCUUCAAAUAUUUGACCACAACUCAGUCACAUUAAAACUGAAAAACAAAGACAUCCAAAUCACAGAAGAUGAUGUCUUUGAUGUACUUGGACUACCAUAUGGAGGUAUCAAGAUUCAGUUAGCUGAUGAAACAAAAUUCAAACAAAGAGAAGAAACUUGGAAUGCACAGUUUGCAAAUGAAAAAGAAAGAGAGCAAAUAACAGCUCAAAUGCUUGUUCAUAAAAUGAGAAAACAAGGAGUUAGUGAUAAUUUCAAACUAAACUUCUUGAUAGUCAUGUCAAAUACUCUGAUUGGGACAACAAGCUCAGCUUAUGUUGACAAGCAGCUACUUAGAAUUGAUGAUGAUCUGGAGCAUUUACAAAGGUACAAUUGGUCAGAGUAUCUUCUCCAUUACCUUGUGAUAGCAACAGAGUGCUGGAAUAGGACAGCUUCAACUUUUUUCCGUGGAUCUCUGAUUUUCCUCACUUUAUUAUAUGUUGAUCGUGUAAGGCAUAUGGGAAUAAAACUGGUUGAGAGAACAUUGCCUUCGUAUAUUGGCUGGACACACGAUGAAUUGAAGGAAAGACAGAGAAUGGAAGUAACUGAUGGAGUUUUUGGAGUUGGAUCACUUGUCCCUCCAAUUAGAGAAAUUUUAAAAGAAAUCGAUUGUUCCAAAAAAGAAAAUGAUUGUUCCAAAGGACAAGCAGAGAAGAAUGAAUAUGAAGAUGAGUGGGAUGAUCCUGAAUUAUGGAAACAGAUGGAUGAAGUAGUGAAAAUCCACAAAGAGAAGAAGAAUUCAAAAACAACAGAACAAGGAGAUGACAUGACUGUAGAUGAUACAGAUCAAGAGCAUCCAGCAGAGGAUUUUAUUGACAAAUUACUAACAAGAGCACAAGACUUGGUGGCUUCGAAGUUAGAAUUUGAUGAUGACCUGAAGAAAGCUCUAGAGAUGUAUCCAGAUAAUGACAGCCUACACUUCAUUGUUGAAGUGAUGGAUGAACAUUUUCCGCAAAGAAAGAAAAGUGAUGUGGAAGAUGAUGAACAACUUUGGGCAGAGGAUUCUUUUUUUAAUGAUCAACAAGGUGAUACGAUCAUUCAAGAUGAUCAACAUGAUCAAAUAAUUCCUGAAAAAGAUGAUCAAAUCAUUCAAGAUGAGAUUCUGGAAAGUAAUCAAGAUACAGAUAUUGCUAAGUCCAGCACAAAACUUCCAGUUGCCAAAAACAACCAAGAUGUCAUACCAUCUUUCUCCCUUGGAAUAGAAGAACCAGAAGAUUUAACAAAUGCACCUCGAGAAAAUCAAAAUUCUUUUAUCACCCCUGAACCAGCACAAAGAAAAAAGAGCGCAAGGGACAAAAAAGUCGGUCCUUAUGGGAAAUCACCAUUCAUCAACAGAGUGAUCGAUAUUAAGACAAAACUUGACAAAACAGACAUGGGAUUGUGGCUCUUCCUGGUGCAGAAAAGAGAUAUGCUGGAAAUGGUAUACAGUUGGAAAGGUGUUGAAAUUAUUAAGGAGCAUCUUCAAACUUUGAAGAUCAAAACCAGCUUGUACUAUUCAGUUAUUGAUGUGUGGGUCACAAUUUUAAAUGAUUGUGAAAAAUACAAAUCUGAUGAAUCACCAAUGAGGCUGUUUUGCAACAUUGGACAUUUGGCUUUCACCCUUGAUCCAAACAAAAAAGUUUCUGAAACUUUUACUCUCUUCUCUGAUGGAAUGGAUAAGAUUCUUGAUACAUUUGAUGUAUCAAAAGUUGAAGACGUAGAUAUGGUUUUCUUUCCAAUCAGCAAGUCAGAGCACUUCUACUUGAUUUGUUACGACAUCAGAAACCAAGGACACUUCAUUAUUGACAAUAUCAAGCGGGAAGGCAAUCGAAAGCAAUUUUAUAUGAGGGUCCCUGAUAUAUUGCAUUCUCACUUCUGCAACUAUAUACAAAUAAAAGGCAAUCUUCCUUUAUCUAGAAGAAUUCGCAGAUUCAAGCGAACAUACUUGAGCAUGCCUUGGCAGACUAGUUGCAAUUCCACGGAUUGUGGAAUAUUUGUUAUGAGGCAUAUGGAAACUUUUAAAGGAGACCCUAAGAAGUGGGAUUCUGGACUUGCAGAGGAAGGGAUUAUCCAAGAUCAUCAACUCAGAAGACUUCGCUUUAAAUAUAACACUGCCAUCCUCUCUUCUGGUCUAAAUGCAUUUCACAAAGGGAUUGUGGAUGAGGCAGCCAAGUUAGCUGAAAAAGCAGCAACUUACAAAGAUUUCAAAGUUGCAGCUUUCGAAAAGAAUCCAACAGUUCCUAAUUCAAUUUUAAAGAACACAUCAAGCUCAGCAAAGAAGAAAGUUAUUUUUGCAACUAAUUUGACCACUAUAUUUGAAGCUGCAGCAGAAGAACAGAGCACACAAGAAGAACAAGACAAUGAUAAUUAGACAUUUGCGAGUUACUGUAACUCAGAAUUUAAAUCUUUUGCCAAUCACUGGUUUUAUUUCUCUAUGAAUUUAGCAGACUAGUAAAUCAUAUUAUUUUGCCAAUGAAUGGUUCUAUCUUCUAUGAUUGUUUGUAAAACAGAUCCAGAUGUCAGCUUAAAGAUACUAGUGUUUUAAGUUUGCAAAACUGUUUUCAACUUAAUGAUAACUAGACUUUUCAUUUUCUA